GAACGAAUGAUUAAUCACACAGUGAAUUGUGUGAGUCCAGCACGGGAAUGUGCCACCUGGUGGUCAGAAAGUUCCCCGGCGAGAGCUGAGGAAACAUUAACAGCCCCGACGUCCUCGUUAGUGGCACCAUUAAAACUAAAUGUCCUGAGUGCAGUUGUGAGGUGAUGUGGAGUGUGCGGAGACUGAUGAGCGAGCCUCGAUAUCAACUGUGUGACAACUAUCUACACAACACAUCAACCACACCGACGGAAAGAUGCAGAUGUGACGAUGCUUCUGCUGUACUAGACUCUACCUGCAAUUUGAGGAUUGUAAUGUGAGUCCAGGUGCAGUCCCAUCAUUUUAUGCUGGUGGAGAGGAGCGAGAUGCUUCACUCGGUUGCCAUGACAACAGGACUUAUCUUUGUUAGCUGGCUCUUGUAUACGAGCGCACGGGGCAAUCCCAUUGUGUCGGUGCCAGAGGGUGGGGAGAAAGAGCGCUUGGAGCGCGUUCUGACCGAGACCAAGGAGGGUGCGCUGAGCCCCGGUGCAAAGCAGCGUCUGGAGGAGCUGAGUAAUCUUGAACUGGAGGGGAUCAAGGGUGGGAACAAAUCCAGUUCAGGCAGGACCAGACCCAACUUGAGUUCAUUGAGACGAGGGUCCAAACUUCAAGAAAAGACCCUCGAAGCCUGGGGUGAGCAAGAAUCGCUCAAGCAAACUGAAGAGGCACCAACGGAAGAGGCCAACAUCUCUCUGGAUGCGAUUGAUGAGUAUGCGUACCCCGAUUAUAGGGGGAAAGGCUGCAUGGAUGAAACGGGGUUUGUGUUUGCCAUUGGGGAGAAAUUCACCCCGGGACCCUCCACCUGCCCAUGUCUGUGCACAGAUGAGGGUCCUUUGUGCGCCCAACCAGAGUGUCCAAAACUUCACCCUCGUUGCCUGCGCGUCGACACCAGCCAGUGCUGCCCGCAGUGCAAAGAGAAGAAAAACUACUGUGAAUUUCGAGGAAAGAUCUACUCGUCUCUGGAGGAGUUUAAGUGUCAGGAGGGCCAUGAGUGA